UAGGUACAAACGUGAUUCCUCUUGGAAACAAGAAGAGACGCUACGAUGGACAACAUGAUGAGGAGCCGAUGGAUCAGCCCUAUCCAAUCAAGCAGGAAAGCUAUUCAUUAUUGGCUUCUGAAAUCAACAUGAAAUCCCAUGUACCCCGUUCUCCCAUAGCACCUGAUAGUUCUACUAAUGGCGCUGAUGGCGGAAGAAGAAAGAGAAAGAGUCGAUGGGGUGAUGAGGAUAAAAAAAUCUAUAUUCCCGGUGUACCCACAGCUCUACCAAAACUUAGUCGUGACCAGACUGACACCUAUGUGUUGCAAAUUAGACUGGAAGAAAUCAACCGUAAAUUGCGUACUGGAGACUUCAUUCCUCCAGAGCGUGAAAGAUCUCCUUCUCCUGAGCCCAUCUACAAUGCAGAUGGUAAGCGUGUCAACACCCGUGAGGCCCGUUAUCGCAAGAAACUCGAGGACGAACGCCACAAAUUGAUUGACAAUGCGAUAAAGAAUAUUCCUGGCUUCAAGCCUCCGCUUGAUUACAAACGUCCCAGCAGACUCCAAGAAAAGGUCUACAUUCCAGCCAAAGAGUUCCCCGAAAUCAACUUCAUUGGUCUCUUGAUCGGUCCCCGUGGAAAUACUCUCAAGGGAAUGGAGUCUGAUUCUGGAGCAAAGAUCAGUAUCCGUGGUCGAGGUUCGGUAAAAGAAGGAAAAUCACGCACCGAUGCUGCCUCUAGUUCAGCCCCCGAAGAAGAUCUCCACUGUCUUGUCAUGGCUGAUACCGAGGACAAGGUCAAGAAGGCUGUUAAGUUGAUUGAAAAAAUCAUUGAAACCUCUGCUUCAACACCUGAAGGUCAAAACGAACUUAAGCGCAACCAACUCCGAGAAUUGGCUGCACUCAACGGAACUUUGCGCGAUGAUGAAAACCAGACUUGUUUGAACUGUGGUGCUAUUGGACAUCGUCGUUACGAAUGUCCCGAACGCCAGAACCUUACUGUUAGCUUGACAUGUCGCAUCUGUAAUGGCCAUGGCCAUACUGCACGUGAUUGU